AUGCUUGCAAACAACCAUAGUGUCGUUUUCUAUGAUCUCGAACUGCUCAAGAAGCCUGGAUUGGUGUGGUCACCCAACACAUGUAAAACUCGUUAUGCAUUGAAUCUCAAGAAUAUCCCUUAUGAAACAAAGUGGGUUAAUUUCGAUGAUAUUAAAACUGUAAUCCCUGCAAUCACGCAAAGUGACAAAAGACCCGCUGUUCCCAUCAUUGUUCAUAACGGCAAAUCCGUCGUUGAUUCAUGGCACAUUGCUCAUUACCUGGAGGAGCAAUUUCCCAACAAGCCCUCUCUGUUCCAUGGUAAUGUUGCUACCCACAAAUUCUUUCAGACCUACUCGGAAAAGCACAUCAAUACGCCAAUCUUUAGACUCGUCUUGCUAGACAUUCACCAAUCCGUAGGUGAUCAAGCAUUGCAGGAUUGGUUCAGACAAGACCGUGAGUCCUGGAUGAAGGGCAAUACAUUGGAGCAAUUUGCUGGAGAUGCCAAUGAGAAUAUUACCAAGAUCAAGACUGGUAUUGCAAUCAUCAGUGCUCACCUCAAGGAGUUUCCUUUUGUUACUGGUGAACAACCUGGCUGGGCUGAUGUAGCAUUGCUCUCCCACCUUACCUUUUUAGCAGCCUUGAAACCUGAGAUCUUCAAGGACCAUGUUCUCAAUGAUCAGAAUCUGCGCGCUUAUUGGAAUCGCACAGAAUAUAUCCGCAAUGGCGUUGCCUCGCCUAAUCUUUGA